CCGGCCGAAGUGGAAGGAACGGACGCGUUCGACAGAGAAGAUGACCUCAUCGCCCAUGGCCCUCCACUCAGAGGCGCACAAGCAGAGCAUCCUGAGCAAAUUUGACGCGCUUCGGAAACGGGAGCUGCUGUGCGACAUCACUCUCGUGGUGGAAGACGUGCACUACAAGGCGCACAAAGCCCUGCUGGCGGCGAGCAGCGACUACUUCUCCCUCAUGUUCACGGCAGAAGAUCGGAUCGGCCCGUCGACCUACCGGCUGGACGGCAUGGCGGCCCAGAUGUUUGCGGCGGUGCUGGAUUUCAUCUACAGCGCCCAGGUGUCCGUGGAGGAGAGCGCCACGGAGCAGCUCCUGGCCACGGCUCGCCUCAUGGAGGUCAACGACCUCGUCCGGGUGCUCGCCACGCUCUCGCCCUCCAGACGCGGGGAGGCGGAGCCGCAUCCGUCGAAGUGCAAACGAGGACGGCCGAAGAAAAACGUGGCCGCGACGGCGUUGGAGGGGGGAAGCGCGACCUGCGAGAGCUCGGAGGAGAGGCUGGCUGGACGCGUGGACCGCGAUGAUGAUGAUGGAGAUGAUGAUGGAGAUGGAGGAGUUUCAGAGUCGCCGGCUAAAAACGAUGCAAAUUGCACCUCGGGGAGCAACCAGAGCCGGAAGAGCAAACGCAAAGUCAGGCCGCCGGUGAAAUACAAGAGCUACAAGGUGGGCAUCGACACGUUGGGGGGGGAGGAGCCCGGGAAGAGGGGCAGGAAGAGGAAGUACCCCGACACCGAGCCCCGGUGCGAGGACUGUGGCAAAGUGUUCAAAAACCACCUGUUUCUAAAGAUCCACCAGAGGACUCACACAGGUGAGAAGCCUUUCCGGUGCCAGGUGUGUGCGAAGGCUUUUACCCAGAAGCACACGCUGCUGGUCCACCAGCGCAUGCACACGGGGGAGAAGCCGUUCGUCUGCAGCGUCUGCAGCAAAGCGCUGUCCACCAAACACGCCCUGCAGGAGCACAUGGACCUCCACCAAGGGGGGAAAUCCUUCAGCUGUGACAAAUGUGGGAAGACCUUCACUCAGAAGAGGCAACUUAAAAGCCACUACCGAGUUCAUACGGGCAAGUCUCUGCCAGAAUGUGCUCAGUGUCGUCACAAGUUCAUGGACACGGCUCAGCUGAAGAAGCACCUGAGAACUCACACAGGUGAGAAGCCUUUCACCUGUGAGAUCUGUGGGAAGUGUUUCACGGCCAAGAGCACCCUGCAGACUCACAUCCGGAUUCACAGAGGGGAGAAACCGUACGACUGCUCCGUCUGCAACAAAUCCUUCUCGGACCCGAGCGCCCGGCGCCGACACGUCGCCUCUCACUCGGGGAGGAAGCCCUUCACCUGCUCCUUCUGCAGCCUCUCGUUCACGCGCCUCGACAACCUGAAGACGCACACCAAAUCGCACAACAAGGAAAGGGCGGGCGACGCCUCGGAGGAGGAGGAGGCGCGCGGCGUCCUGCAGCCGUACCAGCUGCCCUCCGGCGGCGGGCAGGAGAUCCAGCUGGUGGUGACGGGCGACGUGGACGACAUGGACUUUGUGCCGGUUCAGAACCAGGAGAUCGGCAUCGUCGCCACGGACUCCGCCCACUCCAGACUCGCCCUCCUGGCCCAGUCGGCGCACCAGAAUGCGGCGCUGGUCGCUCGGGGCGCCGCGGCGGACCGGAGCCCCCCGAUGCAGGCUCUCGGUAUGCUGGAGGGUCACGUGACCCAGCAGCAGCCGGAGCACAUGCACGUCAUCACCCUGAGCAAGGAGGCGAUGGAGCACCUGCAGGCCCACCACGGCCCCCCGAGGCCCGUCCAGCAGCUGCAGGUGGUGCACGGGCCCGUCCAGCACCUGGCCGUGACUCAGGGGCCGGUGAGCCGGGGGCCACACGGCCAGACCAGCGAGCUGAUCUCCAGCCACCACAUCCAGGGGCAGACGUUCCAGAUCCAGGCCGGGAGCGUGUCCUACCUGUACAGCACCGGGCAGGAGAGCUGAGCAACACGGUCAUCAUCCGUCUGCACAUUCGAUUUACAAUGACAACUUAGAUUUUUUUUCUUUUCUUCGACCGCUUGCUUUUUAAAUUAUUUUGAACAAGUUACAAAAAUAUAAUAUAAAAUUGGCUAAUAUUCCUUUUUUACAUACUCUAGUUUGGAUGAGGAGGUCUUGAUUCUACCAAGCAGAACAUUUUACGUCUGAAAUAAACUUAAAUCAAUCUGCAAAAUAUCCACUUUUUGAGAGAAGUUGGAGACGUUUGUCAUUACAAAAGUUUACGCCCAACUCUCAAUUCUUAGAUGGAUUUUAAGUCUUUGAAAGACACAAAACCGAAAUCCAUUACAGUUCACAUUUGAACUCUAAUGGUUUUACUAUCAUGCUGGUUUCAGGCUUUAUGGCUGUUCACACUUUACUGGACAGGAAUUUAAACUGUUUAGUAUAUUAAUUAAUCUGAAGACCUGUAAUAUGUUAGUUUAAGAAACGGUCCGCAGUAAAGCAAAAUAUACGCUUGAGAAAAAGAAAAACAUUCUUGUUUCAUUGGGACAUUUUAUUUUCUAUUGAUAUAAAUGAUUGUAUUAUUUCAUGUGAGAAAUGGAUGAAAGCAGCGUAAUGGUGUCAUAAGGGAAGACACGUGUUCAGUUUCUGACUGGUGGAAGACAUUCUUAAAUGAAA